AUGGCAGCAGCUUCAAAUAUUGAAUCCCAGGGAAAGCUCUUCUUCAAUGGAAGGCGGAGCUUGAAACACAAGAACUUCUUAACACCUGGACAUCAAAGACCAGUCCAUGCAAUUGGACUGGAAUCACUUGCAGAAAUGAUGGCCAUCUCAUGCCAACCAUCACCAGGCUCUGCCAUCACUCAGAGUUCUCAACCUAGCGACAACCAUAUACAUGGAUACAUCCCUGCAGCCAUUUCAGCUCUCUCCAAGCUCGCCAUUCUUGAUCUCUCUAACAACAAGCUCACAGGCGUCAUCCCAUCAGAGCUUGGCAAUCUGACAAGGCUCAAGACCUUGUGGCUCUUUGAGAAUCAGAUAAGUGGCUCAAUACCUCCUUCUUUUGGAAAACUUUUGAACCUAGUGAUUUUGGAAGAUCUUAGAAUAUCCUACAACCAAAUAACUGGUUCCAUCCCCCAUAAUAUUGGAAAUCUAACAAAACUUGAAACUUUUUAUCUAAGUAAAAAUAACAUAAAUGGUUCCAUUCCACAUGAAAUAGGGAAUUUAAUUAAUUUGAAAGAUCUUGAGAUAUUUGACAACCAAAUAACAGGUCCCAUCCCCAGUAGCAUUAGAAACUUGACCAAAAUUGAAACUUUUUACCUAGGUGGAAAUAACAUAAAUGGCUUCAUUCCUAGUGAAAUUGGGAAUCUAGUGAACUUGAAAGCUCUUGCACUAUUUGAAGACCAAAUAACUGGUCCCAUCCCACAUAGCCUUGAAAACUUGACUAAGCUUGAAACUUUAUACCUAUAUAAGAGUAAAAUAAAUGGUUCCAUUCCUUAUGAAAUUGGGAAUCUAGUGAACUUGAGAGAUAUUGAAAUACCUCAGAACCAAUUAACUGGUCCCAUCCCCCGUAGCAUUGGAAACCUGACCAAGCUCAAAACUUUUUACCUAUAUAAGAAUAAAAUAGAUGGCUCCAUUCCUUAUGAGAUCGGGAAUCUUAUGAACUUGAUAGAGUUUGAUGUAUCCGACAAUCAAAUAACUAGUCAUAUCCCACAUAGCAUAAAAAACUUGACCAAGCUUGAAUUUUUUAACCUACAAACCAAUAACAUAAAUGACACUUUUCCUUGUGAAAUUGGGAAUCUAGUGAACUUGAGAGAUUUUGAAAUAUCUCACAACCAAAUAACUGGUUCUAUCCCACAUAGCAUCGGAAAUGUAACCAAGCUUGAGACAUUUUACCUAAACAAGAAUAACAUAUAUGGCACUAUCCCACCUUCUCUUGGAAGUUUGAAAGUUCUCACUGGGUUAAUUUUGGCCCACAAUCAUCUCUCAGGCAUGUUGCCAAAUGAAAUGGCGAACCUCACAAAUUUAAUUAUUCUUGAUUUGUUCAACAACAAUCUUUUGGGUAACCUACCACCAGAUUUGGUUAAAGGCGGUUUGCUUCAAUAUCUUGGGUUGGGAUAUAAUAAUUUCCAAGGUCUCAUUCCCAUAAGUUUGAAAAAUUCAACAAACUUAUCCAGGGUCCGGCUUGACAAAAACCUAUUUAUUGGAGAUGUCUCUCAAAGCUUUGGUGUUCAUCCGCAUUUGGAUUAUAUUGAUCUAAGUUUUAACAAACUAUCCGGCACUUUAUCACCGACUUGGGGAGCAUGCCUUAACUUGACAAGUCUUAAAAUAUCAGGCAACAAAAUUAACGGAAAAAUACCAUGGGAAAUUGUUCAAUUGUCAAAGUUGCAACUACUUGACAUCUCUUCUAAUAAUUUGAUGGGAAAGAUCCCAAGAGAGUUCGGAAAAUUAUCUCACUUAUUUCACUUGAACAUGAGCAAUAAUCAUCUCACAGGAACUAUACCACCAGAAUUUGGGGAUUUAUCUUCAUUAGAAGUUCUAGAUCUUUCAAACAAUAAUUUGAGAGGAGAAAUACCAAUACAAGUUGAGAAUUGCAUUAAAUUGAUCUCGCUCAGGUUGAGCAGUAAUGAACUAAAUGGAACCAUCCCUUUUCAACUUGGUAACUUGAACUUUAUGGAAGUUUUAGAAUUGAGUGACAAUUUAUUCAAGGGAGACAUACCACCACAACUUAGCAAGCCAACGGAAUUGCAAGAGUUGAAUCUAUCACACAAUGAGUUGGUUGGUCACAUUCCUUCUUCUUUUCAGUUAAUGACAAGCUUAACAUUAUUGGAUUUAUCUUAUAAUUCUCUGGAAGGUCCGGUUCCAAAAAACCAUUUCUUUCAAACAGCUCCCAUUAAAUGGUUUACCCACAAUAAGGGCUUAUGUGGUCAAGUGCAAGGUUUGCCACUAUGUUCUCAAUCCCAAUCAACAAGUAUAGAUGAUGCAAGGAAACAACAUAAAGUCAUUAUCUUGAUUGUUGUUUUGGUACUUGGCACUUUAUCUAUCUUAUUUCUAAUAAGUGGAAUAUUCACAAUAUGUUGUUAUAAAAGAAAGGGAUCCACUAUAAAUGACAUAAGCGAAGACUUUGAUGGGCAUUUCUUCUCUGUUUGGGGAGUCAAUUAUGAAAAGGAAGCAUACAAAGAGAUCGUUAGAGCGACAGAAAAUUUCGGUGAAAAAUACCAAAUCGGUACUGGAGCUUCUAGCAUAGUAUACAAAGCAACACUAUCAUCAGGAUUGACACUUGCUAUUAAGAAAAUUCAAGAAGAAGAAGCCCAAGUGAAUGAGCAAGCUUUUCAAAAUGAAAUACAAACAUUAACUGAAAUUCGACAUCGAAAUAUUGUGAAGUUUUAUGGUUUUUGCUUCACUCAUAGAUUCAGCUUUCUUGCAUAUGAGUAUAUGGAAAGAGGAAGCUUGGGUGCCACUUUGAGAUCUGAAGAGGGGGUAAUGGACCUGAAUUGGAUCAAGAGAGUCAGCAUUAUACGAGACAUUGCUCAAGCUUUAUCUUAUCUGCAUCAUGAUUGUGCCCCACCUAUCAUUCAUCGAGACAUAACGAGCAACAAUAUUCUUCUUGAUGAAGAGUACAAGGCUUGUGUUUCAGACUUUGGUAUUUCGAGAUUGCUAAAACCUAAUUCAUCACAUUGGAGUUUGCUUGCAGGCACCUAUGGGUACAUGGCACCAGAGCUUGCCUAUGUAAUGAGAAUGACUGAAAAAUGUGACGUAUAUAGUUUUGGGAUUGUAGCACUUGAAGUGAUACAUGGAACACAUCCUUGUGAUCUCCUAAGCAACUUUUCAUUAAGCAUGUUAGUGAAAGAUAUCCUAGAUCCACGUCUUCCACUUCAUAUAGCUGAUCAGGUGAUGACAAACCAAGUGCUUUCAGUGAUUUUAAUAGCAAUGCAGUGCAUUAACACUGAUCCACAAGCUCGCCCUUCAAUGCAACAAGUAUGUCAAAGGUUGUCUCCUCCAAAGUUUUUGCCAGCAUGUCACAUCUAUUCUUUUCAAGCACUUACCUUUGAUCACCUCAUAAACAUUGUGUAAACAAAUAUUGAUGAUCAAGAGCAUGAAUAAUGGGAACUUAGGAAAGGAGUAUAUAUUACAAGUACUGGAGGUCUCCUGUGGGAUGAGCCGUAUUCUUCACUCCAGGGUUGCAAGACAAGGAGGAUUUAUCAUUGUGGGUUAUGGUCUAUGAUAUAUCAUCUUGGGCGCAAGUGACAGGCCCUAAUUGCCCUAUGUGUUAGUCCACCCCACAUAGUAAAUCCCUAGAGGGUCGUUAAACCACUGUAAUUGGUGCACCACCAUACAUGCUUGUCCUUUUGACACCCCAUUGUGGGGUAGCGCUUGUUGCCAUUCAUAAAAAAAAAAGAUUAAUUAUCCUAAUAUAAAUUUGCUUGUCUAAUUAUAUAAUAUGAUGAGAAUUUAUAUUCUAUACUUCUGGCUUAAUGCAGCUCGUACUACUAGCUAAGCGUCCCAAAAUCAAGGAUGUCACCAAUGAAAAGGCACAAUUCUAGUCACUCAAAGGAGGGUGAUCUUGACCCUGAGUUUUCAAAGCGGUCCACUUUUGUGUUUGUUUGUCUUGGCCCUCCUUAUCUUCAUUAAUUUGUGAUGUUGCA